AUGGUUUGCAAGACCCUGGACAGUGUCAAAGCGAUGGAGUCUUAUGAUAAAGAAGGCUUGGUAAACAAGUAUGCAGGCAUUCAUAGACUUGGAACAUCUAUUAGACGAACUAUAGAUGGACGAUUUCUUGUCAUUUGUCUUGAAUAUCUUAGCCCAUAUGUUGGCGAUUGUAUAAAUGAUGAUCCACAGAAGAUGCCAGAUAUUCCAAAACCAAGAUCACCUAAUGGAGGAAUUCCUCAUGGCUUUAUAGAUGAUGCUGUGAAUAUGAUCAAUAUUGACAGAGAGAACUUAUUCAAUGUCACACGUGAUGGGUAUGGCCUCAGAGAGACCCUUUUCUAUGAUCUGUUCUCGCAUGUGCAAGUUUACCAAACAAGGGAAGAUAUGAUUCAGGCUGUUCCCUGGAUAAGAAAUGGAGCCCUAUCUUUGGAUGGUGGAAUGAUAAUGAACAAAGGAGUAUAUGCUUUGGGUGAUGUGUAA